CAGCGCCACCGCCACCACAGUCACACGCACCGCUGCGGGACUCGAUCGGCCGGCUGGAUGGUAAUCUCGCCUCGCUAUCCGAAUAUCCGGGUUGGCUGCUGGCACGCGGAGGGAGUGACCCGACGCAGAUCUCCACGAGCGCCGCGCCUCAGUGUCACCCUGGCAGAGGCAGCGAGGAGAUCGGCUGCGCCCUGAACAUGGAGACCGCGCUGUAAUCCGACACGGAUCCGCCGAGAUUUUCAUGAGACCGCGAAAGAUUCCACCGCCGCCGCCGCCUCCUCCACCUCCACUUCUUCUUCUUCCUCCUCCUCCUCCUCCUCCAGCCGCCACCAACACCUCCUCCUGCGUCUCGGCUCCGCCAGCCGCGGGCCAGCGAGAAUGGAGAAAGCCGCGCCGAGCGCCUCGCAUCCCGGGGCCGCGAGCAGGAGCGGCCCCGCCGGGGCGUCCGCCUCUUCAGGCGACCGGGGUGCCGCGGACGGCAAGAGCCCCGGAUCGCGCUCGGGAUCCGGGCAGGCAGGCUGCUCCGCCGGAGCGAGACGAGCCGGAAGCGGCGGUGCGGUGCCGCCGCCACUCGAGGGGCUCCUCAGCAAAUACACCAACCUACUCCAAGGCUGGCAGAACAGAUUCUUUGUGCUGGACACGGACGCUGCUCUGCUCCUUUAUUUUGUGAAUGAGCCCAGCAGAGGCCAGAAGCCCCGUGGAGUCCUGCCGUUGAACGGUGCUGUGGUCUCCUUGAGUGACGAAGCCCCCCACAUGUUUGUCGUAAACUCCUCAAACGGAGAGUCCUACAAGCUCAGAGCUGCUGAUGCCAAGGAGCAGCAGGUCUGGGUGAGCCAGCUGCAGGCCUGUGUCAAGUCCCACGCCGAAGGAAGUGCCAAGAUAAGAAAAAAGUCGGAUGAAAACUUGUGUGUGGACAAGGCCAACAACAGAAAGGACAGCCUGGGCAACCCUACUGGGAGGGCAAGGAGCUUCUCUUUGCUCCCUCAUGGCACGUCAAACUCCGCAUCGCCAAGCAAUCAGAAGCACCUGCCACACAGCGGAGGGUCCAGCAUCGUGACCAUCACCCACCACAAGUCUCCGGCUGCGGCCCGCAGGGCCAAGAACCAGUACCCAGGACGCCUGCUUGAAGUCAAAGAGAUAAUGAGUCAAGCGGAGGGGCAGCAAAAGAGCCUCGUCCAUUCUAUAGAAGCCUUGCCGACUCGAGGCCCUCUUACCUCCCUGGACCAAGACCUGCUGCUUCUGAAAGCUACCUCAGCCGCGACUCUCAGCUGCCUUGGCGAGUGUCUCAACAUCUUACAGCAGAACGUCAGCCAGGCGUCCCAGCACAGCAAGACCCUGCCUCCAGACGGCGUUCCUGGAUGGCUGGGCCCAAAGUCCUAUUCUGCUGAGCACCUGAAGAAUGGCAGUUUAAAUCAAAUUCCUUCCACGAGAUCUGCAGAACCAUCUCCUGCUUUGACCAGCAGAGGCCUUCAGUGCACGGCUGAGCCUCCAGAGCCAGAAGUGUUCAACCCAGCUGAAGAGGUGACGGACACUGAAGAUGAGGAGGAAGAGGAAGAUGCCACAGUGAUGGAGGAGCAGAGGAGCGUCAUCUUGCACCUCCUGUCCAAGCUGAAGCUGGGCAUGGACCUCACCAGGGUGGCACUGCCAGCUUUCAUCUUGAAGAGGAAGUCCCUGCUGGAGAUGUACGCCAACUUCAUGGCCCACCCGGACAUGUUCCUCAGCAUCACGGCGGGCUCGAGCCCCGAGGAGCGGAUCAUCCUGUUCGUCGAGUACUACCUGACCGCAUUCCACGAGGGCUGGAAGGGCACGGUGGCCAAGAAGCCCUACAACCCCACCCACGGCGAGACCUUCCACUGCUCCUGGGACGUGCCAAAGGACAAGGUGAAGCCCCUGGCCACCGGCGGCCCACCGGCUGCCACCCACGAGGAGGACCCCAGCGACUGCUACAAGCUGCGCUUUCUGGCCGAGCAGGUGUCUCAUCACCCGCCGGUGUCGGGCUUCUACUGCGAGUGCAAAGAGCGGCGGCUGUGCGUCAAUGCCCACGUGCUGACCAAGACCAAGUUCCUGGGCAUGUCUGUGGGCAUAUCCAUGGCGGGCGAAGGUGUCCUCUUCCUCCUGGAGCACGAUGAGGAGUACGUCUUCACACUGCCCUGUGCCUACGUGCGCUCCAUCCUCACCGUGCCCUGGAUGGAGUUGGGGGGCAAAGUGACCAUCAGCUGUGCCAAGACAGGCUACUCAGCCUCUGUGACGUUCCACACAAAACCCUUCUAUGGGGGCAAAGUGCACAGGGUGACGGCCGAAGUCAAAGACCACGCGAGCAACACCAUCGUGUGCAAAGCGCAGGGCGAGUGGAAUGGCACCUUGGAGUUCGCCUACAGCAGCGGGGACACCAAAGUCAUCGACACCAGCAAGCUGCCCGUCAUCAAGAAGAAGAUCCGCCCACUGAAGAAGCAGAGCCCCUACGAGUCGAGGCGUGUCUGGCACGGCGUCACCAGCGCCCUGAGGGAAGGCGACCUCGACGCGGCCACCGAGAGCAAGAAUGUCAUCGAGGAGCAGCAGCGGGCCCACGAGAGACUGAGGGUCACCAACAACAUCGACUGGAAAGCCAAGUACUUCAACAAGGAGGGAGAGGGAUGGCAAUACCACAGGCCGCUCUGGAAGGAGCUGUGAUGAGCCCACCGGUGUGCUGCCGCCAUCACUGUGACAGGUCUCCGUGGAGGAGACAGAGAGGGAACACUAUGGACCCCUAAACAAGAGCCAUCUGUCCACCCACCCUGCGGGCGGCGGGCUCGGGUAGAGACGUACACAGAAUUGUCGAUUUUUCACUUUGCCAAGGCCUUUUUUUGCACUUGUACCAAGUUGUACGGCACAAACAUCUUCUUCUUCUUCCUCCUCCAUGUCUUCAUGAUACCACCGUAAUGCGACCUGCCAAACUGAGACUCCACGCAUGAAUCUGCCAUUCACUCAUCCCACGGGCACCAAGAUGGCAUCAGCACAGGGAGCGGCGGGCGUCGACAUUCCAAAGAGUCUUUCCUUUCCUCGCCCGUCUGUGACGUUUCUCUCCUCGAGCCGUUUGCAAUUAGAAAUAUUUAUUUUUAUUUUGCUUUGCACAUUGAUUAAAAGAUGGACACUUUACUGGGGUCUCGGUGUGCUGCGUUAGGAGACCGCGAGCUCGGUGCCCUCACUUGCGAUACUCGAUAUGCUGCCCCUUCUAUGUUGGACCAUCAUUCAGAAAAAACAGAAAUGCAGACAGCGUGGCAGUACUCCGUCUCACAAACUCCCUUUAGUGUUAAACCCACCACAGUCACGGACCUCUGAGUGCCCACCUGAGGGUGGCUCGGCCUCUGACUUGUUUUCAAUUCUCUUUUGUCUGAGCCGGCUGGGCGUCCACUAGAGACCCCUGAGGUUUAGCCUCAUAAAUGACCUGAGAAUGGGCGAGGUGCCAGGCGCAGACCACCAGGUGGGCAUGUGACUCACGCCACCCGAGACGGACAGAAGUGAGGAAGACGUCUGAAACUUUACGAGGCCUUCAGUUUGGAGAAGCAGCUUUGACCAAUCAGUUAUAUACCGCCUGACCUACACGUCUACUGUCCGUGUGUGUGUGUGUGUGUGUGUGUGUGUACACAGAGGGGGCCUGAGCCAUGUGGCAAGGACAUUAAUUAGCAUAAAGAGAGAAAUUAACAUACAACACUUGCAGGCUCCGCCCACUUAACCCCUAGGGUGCCAGGCAGCAGUAAACCAAAGCAAACACUCACAGUUGUCGGCCCGAUGCUUGCUGGGAAUGGCGUCAAGGCUCCUGGACUCCUCCAGUCACUUUUGUACAUUUCACCGAAUGGGACCCCCUUCAAGAUGGCUGCAAAUGACUGAAGCCCACUAAAGGAAUCCUCCACCUAAAGAGGACCCCGUUUCUCGUUUUACUCGCUCUGCGUUGUUUGGAGCGAAGGUAAAAAGAAAAAAAAAAAAAAAUUAAUCUCAUGUUUUCAACGAGACUGAAAAUCACAAUAUGAGUGCCACCGUUAUGGGGACCACAAAUCAGUCACGUCACAUAAUGUCAGGUGUGCUCAUACAGUCCCAUAGUGGCACUUUGAGUGUGACAGUGAGGAGCACACAGCCCCGCGUCACCAUUCACCACUCAGGAGGUCCAGCUUACUCACUGGUGCCCCUCGUCAUUAAGCCACAUCGCCACUCUGAGCCUCCCAUCGUCUGCUUGUUGAAGCCCCUCCGGUCUGAUGCCUACUUUUCCUCCAAUGAGAUUCGCCGCUCGCUUAUCUGUAACUUUUAAUACCUAAUUGGCUGUCACUCUGCCGUCAGUGGGCAGGACUGACCAAUGAAUGGGGGAGGCGGGGCUUCAAUUCACAGGCCACCUGAACUCACCCACCGCCGCGCAGCUUGUGUGUGUGUGUCAGGGAUGCUGCGAGGACACGACUGGCCAGCGGUGCUUUGAUCAGGUGACACGAGUAGCUGACACUCGCCCACCCGCCGCUGUUUCCCAUUCAGAGCCCCCACACUUUAUUCUCGCAGGGAAGUUAAAGCGGUCACUUUGAGGAGGAGGAGGAGGGUUACGCCAAGGCUGCAGACCUUUGUGAAGACUUUCAGUCAGAUGGGCCCACAAAUAAGACGACAUGGAGAACAACAAGACUUUAACACAAACUUGAAGUUUUAUUUCUGUCUACAUUUUAACAAGUCUAAACCAAAUCUUUAAGCAACAAUGUAAAAAAUGUACUCCUGGGUCGAGGAAAAAGAAAACGACACACAACAAAAAUGAACUCCCCAGGCAUACAUGAGAAGAGGAAGAGGAGGAGGAGGAGGCAGGAUGAAGUCGGCAGGUGGUCUUCAUCAAAGCAUAAAAAAAGAAAAAGAAAAAAAGGCAGAUGGGGUGAGGAAGAAACAAUGAAAAGAAAAUCAAAAGAGAAUUUUACAAAAUAAAGAAAACAAUUCGUCAAGCAGAAGCUGGCAAAACCAAACCAAAAAAAAAAACCAAAA